AACGGAUUGCAAUUUUGCAACAUGGCGGUGAAGUGAGGCAAAGUCGAGGUGCCGUGCCCACGUAAAAUGUAUAGUUCGUAGUCUCGAAAGGGCCAUUAUCGUGGAAUAAACGCGCGCGUCUAAGAAACACGUGUCCAAGGAUCGUUGCAUGGUGAACGAUAAAUGUAAAUAUGUACGCAAGGAGUCGUAACGUCGUUUGGAAGGUGACACCCCGUGACUUCGUGCGGUCUCGGAGCACGUAUGGCAGAGACUAGAAUAAGAGAUAAGAGAAGAAAGCUUCGUCCAAACGACGAGGAAACAAGAGCGAAUUAUCGAGAAGGCAUCAGAGAUGUUUUGCCCGUUCAUCUCGAACUGUGAAAACAUUUACGCAAGAAGUAGAAACCUUCCCUGUAAUUACAACUUUUGAUCGUGUAUGCGUGCCAAACACAAGGGUAUAAGAGCUUGAGGCAUGAGAAGACCCAAUGGUUUCCUGACAUGAUGGAUAGCAAAGUCUUUAUUAAAACUGAGCCGGGACUCGAAGGGCAAUCACUCCCAACUCCACAACCAAAUGUACCCACCGACGAUACUGGUGGGGCAAAGAUAUGUUUUGUUUGUGGUACUGUAGGCCAUACUGAUCAAUAUUGGCUCAGAGUGAAACCAAGUCCUGGUGCUGCCUCAAAUGAACCUUACUUUCCAUUUCUCGAGUCCCAUGAACCACCAGCUGGAUAUUGUGGUGAAGGAUCAAGAAGUGGAGCUGUCAAAGCGUGCAAUCUUUGUUAUGCUUUGCUCUUGCAACAAUGGGAAAGUUAUGAGCAAGAUGCUAGGCCUCAUAGUCAAAGAAUUUAUUGGUUAAAAAGAUGCGAUGGUGGGCCCUUUACUGGAGCUGAAAUGGCUCUUCAGGGUGAAUAUGCGGCUCAAGUUUUAGGAUUAACCAAUGAUCAGGCACCACAGAUGAAACAAGAAAAUCGGCCAGUGGGUGUUUCUCCACGGCUUCCACCUAGUUCACCAUCUCCAAGGGUAGAGCAAACAAGACCUCCAUCGAAUUCUGUCGAAUUACCAAGACCUCAUUCUAAUAUGGCAGAAACACCAAGGCAUUUAGAACAAGCGAGGCUCACCAUGGAAUCCCCACAUCAGAGACUGCAGUCUCCUCAUCAAAGGUUGCAAAGCCCUAGACAACCUGUUGAAGAUGUUAAAAUGUCUGAAGCUGCACUGGAUUUAAGACACGGGCCCAGGAGUUCACCUGCACCUACAGCUGCUUUAACUCCUCAAUCUCAAGCCAUCUACAGCGGUGGAUCCUCCUCCAGUAUUGGUACUGAUAUUUUGGAUUUGUCAAUGCCGGACAAAAAUUCUGUAACAGAAGUGUGUUACAUUUGUGGGGAUGAAUUCAAAAGAGGAUCACUGAGUCAUGUCGCGGCAAAACCACUGCCAAAUGUACCGAAACCUUCCGAAAGUCCUCCACCGUUCUUUCCGUCAUUGAUGCUUCAUCCGAGGCCAAGUAGGAGUCGACCUAUGGACAGUGCCGGUCGAGUACAGGCCUGUUCGGCUUGUCAAAAUCAUCUUUUAGUACAAUGGAAGACAUAUAUGCGGCAGGGCAUACCGCACGGCGAUCGAAAUUAUACGCUUCGCAAGCGACCAACACCCAUGAUGGACACGACUACUUUUAUCUGCUAUACUUGCGCUCUUGAGUACCCCUCAUCCAGUAUUAGACUGCUGUACUGCUGUUCUAAUCCCGAAAAAGAAGCAUACUUUCCUUUUAUCUGCACUCUGAGACCCCCACCCGGAGCUAGUCCUAUUAGUCCUCAGGGAAUGGUACAAGUUUGCUCUAUUUGUUACAAGGCUAUACCGCAAAAGCAACAAGUAUUUGGCGGGGAGAACCACGAUAUACAUCCUAUCGGACAAAGUAUGGAUUUUCGACUGCAAGGUCUUUUACCACGUCCAGCAAUUGCAAAAUCUCCAGCCAAUUCUGCUGGCAGUGAUAUUCGGUUUAAGCCGUACGACUUGAACAAGUCGACCAUUGUCACAAAUAAGCAACGCACUGUGAACCUUAAAGCUCCUACUCUUGGCCAACGAAAUUCUCCUAGCAAUGGUCCCGCUGAAAAUGGGACCGUCGUACUUGGUCAAAACUAUAGGUGCUAUAUUUGUGAGAGAUUGUGUCCUCAUACGCAUAUGGAAUGGUUGUCUACGAGUCCAGAGGGAAUGAAUUCACACGCCAUGCAUUUCCCAUGUUUAAGAGGGAUGGCACGUACUUCCGAGAACGCUUGCAUGGAUAGUCAUGGAAGAGUAUUAGCUUGUGGUCAUUGUGUGACUCACUUAACGCUUCAAUGGGAAAGUAUGGAUGCAGAUCGCGUUCCUUUGGAACGUCGUAGGUACGAUAUUCCUAGUCCACAUCCAAACGGUGAUGUGAACCGAUCCAUUGCCACUCCACCGAGUACGAGCUCGGAUCGGACAUUCGGCAGUAAUCCUGGCACAUCGAGCAGCUCGAUCUAUUGUUUCCUAUGCGGUUUACAUAGCGAUCUAACACUUGCGAGAGUUUUGUAUGGGCAUCCUCAAGGCCGCAACGCGCCAUACUUUCCAGAAUUAUUACGUCACCAAUCGCCACCAAACGCUGAGCAACUCAGGGAAGAUGGUUCCGCGUUAGUUUGCACUUUCUGUUAUCACACCCUACUUGCGCAAUGGCGCCGAUACGAAUCUCAGCAAAUCGUGGAUAGACAGUACAACACUCAUGAUUAUUGCUGCUACGUUUGCGGCAUUACGACCUACAGAAAACGUAUUCGAGCAUUGCCCGUUAAGGACUUCCCAUUCCUAAGGUAUCAUAAACAACCGGAAAAGAGCUUGCUACUGGAGAACGGUGACUUUGCGGUGGUCUGUCUAGAUUGUUACGAAACUUUACGCACGCAAAGUCUCGAAUACGAAAGAUGGGGCUUACCGGUUGAAAAGAGAGAAUAUAAUUGGAUCGUUCAACCUCCUCCGCCUGAAGAUAGUCCUGACGCGACCAUCGCUAGAUUACCCUCCGGGGAGAGAUCUGAGAAGGUGGUUCCUCAAACUUUGACUGUCAGACCUGCAAGAAAAAACUGUUCACCAAAGGCACCGGACAAAAAGAUUCCUACGAAGGCUCCGGAUAAGGAUCAAGGUCUCCAGCCAGCCAGUACCAAAGCACAGCCAACGUCUAUUGGCAAGUCCCACAGACCCAGUUCCGGCGUUCUACCUCAGGGUCAUACCCCGGGACCCGGGCCAGGUGGCCAACAGAACAACAGAAGUUUCGCCGCGGCUUUGAGGAACCUAGCGAAACAAGCAGGACCGGCUCCUCAAGAAGAGGAACCCCGUGCCAGUCCCAAGAGUCGGGCUCCACCUCCUCUGGUCAGAGGUCCUUCUCCUGCCAAGGAACGAACGUCGCACGAAAGAAGGCCGGAAGAGGUUCCCUCUUUAUACACGACUGCCAGACCUACUGAAACUAGCAAACAUAGCGUGACUGCAGCAGCUUCCGAAUUGUUGGCUCGUUCCGGUUUCCAACCCUAUCGACCUGAACACCAUCCGGCCCAUGCUCCGCCUGCCUUUGCUUUGGAUCCUGCUGCUUAUAACCCUUAUCACCAUGGUCUCUAUCCACCACCACAUCUGCAGCACGCUUAUAGGUUAGAAGAACAAUUGUAUUUGGAACGAUGCGGGAUGUUGAGACCACCGUUAUUUCCUGGAUUGCCAUCGUAUCCCCUUUAUGGGUUAAGAUACAGUCCAGACAUGCUUCCACCUGCUUCGCUGGGACUCAUGUCGCCGGUGAUGCACGAGCGGCUGAAAUUGGAAGAGGAGCACAGGCUGAGACAAGCGCGGGAACAGCAGGCUGCUUUACGAGAGGAGGAAGAGAGGAGAAGAGCAGCACGAAGCACUGCUUCCUCUGCCCCGGUACCCGCACCCACACCUGCAUCCACCGAUACUGCAGCUAGGAAGCCGACCAUAGCGGUUCAGAUGCACAGCGAGCGGGAGCGUGAACGGGAGAACAGCAGAGACAGGCCAAAUAGUAACAGUGCAAACAGCAACAAUACGAGCAACAAUAAUGGCGUUGUUCCUGGUAGCGGUGGUCAUCAUCAGUCAAGAAAAGACGAGUCAUCGUCUACAGUACAAGCAACGGCUCCGCAAGCACAACCCCCACCACCACCACCACCACCAGCAUCGGAUCCAUCAGCAGUAGCAGCAGCAGCAGCAGCAGCAGCGAGCAUCUACCAUUCUCGUUUACCACCCUUUCCAAGCCCAGCCGCACCAAUCGGGCCAUCCUCUCUGGGUUCUGCUUCCAUAUGCUCCGUUAGUUCCGCUCCGAUCCCACCUCCUCUUGGAAGCACGUUAACUCCCCUGAAUCUUGGACCACCUCCUCCGGCGAUUAGCACAGCGCCGAUCGGUCCACCUCCUAUACCUUCGAUACCUCCAAUUUCAUCCUUAACCCCAGGAGUAAUAGGGCCACCACCGCCGUUAAGCAUGCCCCUGGCACCUAUUAUCUCUAUACCUUCUCUCCACCUUCCCCCAGUGCCGUCGAGUACCAUUCAUUCUAGUCAGCAUACAGCCACGAUAAUGAGUAGCGCGACGACCACGGUCACAAGUUCUAUAUAUUAUCAGCAACAACAUCAACAACAAACUCAACAACCGGUGCAGCAUCAGCAACGUACGAGUAACACCAGCUGCACCACUACCAUUAAUUCCUUGUCGAACAAUAAUACGAUGACAACUCACGCAACCCAUACCUUGCCUACUCCAAGUGCCGUACCAUCCUCCUUGAAUUCCAUGAAUCACGUAUCCCUGACGCGCAAGUCUCCGCCGUUGCUGCACGGUGUUCACGUGUCCAGGAACAAGGAAGUAGCGUCAACAACGAACACCACGACUAGUACACCGAGCAUAACAACGACCACAACUUCAAUCACGACUACCACUGUACCGUCCACGACCACGACGACUACGAGCUCUUCCACGACGAUGCAACCAGCCUUUGUUAGACCAUUCGAGGAUUCUUUUCGAUCCAGUGUGAAGCCACAGCAAAGACCCACGAUAAACUGUCACAAUCAUAGUAUAGCUAAUCAGAUAAAUCAUCAGGAAUCGACGUUGAAGUCAUCAGCUACAUCAACAACCUCUGCGUCCAUCGUGGGUCAACUGCAGGCGCAAGAAAACUCGUCGCUGGAUAACAGCAAAUCGGCGAAUCUUCAACAAUCGCUCUCCCAACCGAUUCCUUACCCACCUCAAUUUCAUCAUCCCCACAUACCUGUCUCCCAUUUGCCAAGUCUUUACAAGCCACCGCACUUUUCAACAUCAACGCAUCAACAUCAGCAUCAUUCGUCGAACAAGAUGAGCAUACAAACGUUGAGCGGCAACGGUGGCAACGUUACGAGUAAUAACGCAAACAUCGUCAGCAAUACGAACAGCAACAAGCAACAGAAUUCCUAUUCUAUUGCAGAGUAUCAACAAACGUCGCAACUCGUGCCACAAAGAAACGAGAGCGCGCCGUUGAGUCUAGUUAAUUGUACAUCCAGCGACAAAGUCCAAAUCCAAAUAAGUAAUAGUUACGGCAACGGUAACUGCGUUGCGUCGAAUACUCCAAAAAUCAGCAAUCACACGAAUAAUCAUCACAAAAGUAACAUGGACGUUGCCGUUGCUAAAGAAAACAAGCACAAUGCGAGCAACGAAAAAAACACAACUGAAAUUCACAACAAACAACAGCUGCAGCAGCAACAACAGCAGCAGUUGCAGCAGCAACAGCAACAGCAACAACAACAACAACAACAACAACCAACGAAACAGAAUCACGUAGUUACGAACAUAUUACAGGAGAAAACACUAGCUCCACAUUUGAACUACGAACAGGGAAAGGGACCGCCGGUUCUAUCCUUUCAUCCGGCGGAAUUCAGUCAGAAUGAGAAACAAGAAUAUAACAAGCCCGACGUCGAACCACAAAAAGGCCAAAAUGACCCGAACAUAAUGUCCACAUUACCGUUUCAGCCAAGUUUUAAGUUCAGUAUAAGCGAGAUUGCGCAGAAGCCUAUUGAUACAAGUCACUUAAUGCAGAGCAUCAAGUCUGAAGAGGUAUUGCGUACCUGUCAGAACGUUUCGAACGUUCUCCUCCAGAUACCAAAAUAUCAAGAAAAGCUUUUGAAUUUCUCGAACAACGAGCUGAAAACUGCGUUUUGUUUUACCGACAAGUGCAAUAAUUUGACUGAGAUUUCCGUGAAAUGCGAGCCAGCUGUACUGAACGUGCCCGAUUUGAGUAAGGCUCUCGUCAAGCAGGAGACGGCCGGUAACAACGAGCAGUCUUUCGCCAUACCCGAAAAACCAAAAGAAUUGACAUCUUCAUUGGAUCUGGCUGAGAAGCGACGAAAGAGGAAGAGGGAUAAAAACACGGGGAUUACGUGUAGUUCCGAUUCGGAGGGCGAGGAAGACAAUAAGGAGAUGGAUCUUUGGAUUAUUAAAGGUCCACCAGCGAAGUUACAGUAUUCCUACAAGAAGUUGUCUUUCCUCGCCAUGUUUGGACUCACUACAUUAAGUACCAGAAACGAGAUCGAAUUGUGUAAAGUUGAGAAGAGGUACAGACUAAAUCCAGACCCACCGGAACCACCCCUCGAGACUGAGGCUAUGAUCGAAUCCGUGUUACCGAUUCCACGUGAACAUCCGGAUGUCCUAUUACAAUCGCCGGAUUUCGAACCAAAAGUUGGUUUCCUUAGAACAAUAGGUCUCGACGUUAUGCCACCGCAUAAACGAGACGAAGCCGAGGCGACGUGGCAGUACGUUCUACAAGAUCGUAAGAAACGAAAGAGUACGAAUUCCGUGACCGUCUACUGCGAAAGAAUUGCCAAAGUCUAUUCGAAAGAUCCUCCGCCUUUGCCGAAGCCACCUCAGAAGAUGAGACUUUUGGAUAAAGUCAAAGUGAAGCAUGUUCCGGAACGACCACCUCCUCUUCCACCUCUAGUACCGAAUAUCGUUUCCAUGUAUUACCCUACCUUUCCUAUGCCCGGCGAAAAUGGCGUAAAGCAAUACAGCAAAGUCAUAGACAUCUGUGAAAACACCGACGAACAUAGUGAGAAAAAAGAAAAGCCAAGGUGGAACGGUAUCGAAGACAUCAUGCUGGCCUACAGAGAGUAUUCGAAAGAUAAAGUAUUGGAGAGAAGAAUUCUAACUGGCGAAACAUCAAGAUUGGCGGCGCAAUCGAAUGCAUUGCGAUCCGAAACAAUACAACUCGAACGGAGAAUAUACGAACUUUUAUCAGCUAGAACAGCACUCGAUUCUGAAAGACGAGUGCUUAGUGAAAAGAUCGAGAGAAUUAAUGCACUUGUUAGGACUCUUAGGUAGCGAUGCAUGACGCACAACACGGAAACUCAUUCAUCUGUGAUAUUAUCGGCGGGUUAAGAGCCGUUGGCAUUCGACAUACCUUACAAAAUGUAGUAUGUAGAUAAAUAUAAACAAGUAAGCAGAAGGGUUACAUUGACCAAAUGUUUAGGAAUUUUAAGUCUUAUUUCAUGAUGAAUUCGACUAAUUAUUGCGGAAUCCUUGUUCAAGAAGAAAUUACAUACAUAAUAGUCGUUUGUCAGUGCAUUCGACGGAAGAACAAUUUGCAAAAGACAUUUAUAUUCGAUGCAGAUACUUACCAUUUUAUUCUAACAAAGAGUCAUAUCAGCGUGUGUAAAAUGAUCUAUAUAAAAAAAGGGAAACAAAAUACAAAACCAAAUGGAAAAUCAAGCUGAAUAUCAGGAACCUUCGAUGAGAGGUAUUUUCUAGUUUUGGCUAACGGCUCUUAUUCCACUCUACUAUAAAUAAUUAUAAUUUGUACCAAACACGUACACAUACAUAAAUACAAAUACACACAUGCGCGCACACACAUACACACACACACACACAUAUACUAUUUUAAUGAGAAAUAGACAAAUCGUAUAACUUAUUUUAUUCUGAGUAAUGUGGACUCUAAUGUCGAGUUAAUCGAAAGCAGUGAUGAGAAAAAAACAGUGAUGGAGCUAAAGUGGGACAUGGGAUCGAAGGACAUAGUUCACCAAAUUAGUUGGUGAUGUCAAUAAAGUCAUUGCGAAUGUAGAUCGUGACUUCGACCUUUUUUUUUACGUUUAAAAUAAUAAUAUCACGUAUGAGGUGAUAUAAAUUUUACCAUAUAGUUAAGUUAAUAUAUCAAAUAGACUGCGAUCACAAUGAAUUAGAUUCUAAUGAAACGUUCAGAAAAUAGGAUCACGCGGUCACUUUUAAUUUAAUAAAAGUUCACGAUAACUCUAGUCCGCGGACGUUCAUAGAAUACAAAAUGGAAAUACGCUUGAUUUAGAGAGCGUAACGAGAACUCCUUCCUUUCGAUGUCCACGAGUUACGAUAUAUAUAUAACUUGAAGGCCAGCGAAUACGAGAAAGUUAAUGUAAUACAAUCACGAGGUACUUAGGUAAAGUGACUUAAUUUAAACAAAGAAAGAAAAUAAGAAGAACGUGAGACUUUGUGCGAGCACAUUCCACGAAAAAUGCUUGAUUACCCGAUAAUCCAACAUUCCGCGUUCACACUAAUCGGAUCGUAAUACCAAUUGAAUGUGAUUAAAAUUGCGAACGGAGAAAAAAAAAUAUUUUUAUUUAACAACGUCAUAAUUAAACUCCAUUGACUUUGGUAUCCUUAACUUAUCUAGCUCUGCUCUCUGAGUGCAUUAAUUGAUCAUAAACCGUAACAACCCUCAAAAUAUAUAAUAAGACGAUCGUUUAUAAUUUCAUUGUUUUGUUCAUUGAGUGCCUAACAUUAUCCUACAUUUGUAAAUAUCAUUAUUUUUAUGUAUUAUAUAACAGAAAGAGACCAAAAGCGUCUAUCGGUCUCAGUCUGGCCAGGACGAGCCUAGGAGUAAAUUGUUGAAAACAUGAA